AUGGUCAAGAAACGCGCAAGCAACGGUCGCAACAAGAAUGGCCGAGGCCAUGUCAAGCCCAUCCGCUGCAGCAACUGCUCACGAUGCACACCAAAGGAUAAGGCAAUCAAGCGCUUUACGAUCAGAAAUAUGGUAGAGAGCGCGGCAAUCAGAGAUAUCUCGGACGCUUCCGUAUUCCCAGAAUACACCGUUCCCAAGAUGUACCUCAAGCUCCAGUAUUGCGUUUCAUGUGCUAUUCAUGGCAAGAUUGUCCGUGUCCGUUCCCGUGAAGGUCGCCGCAAUCGUGCUCCUCCUCCUCGUGUCCGAUACAACAAGGAUGGAAAGAAGGUUAACCCUAACCAGGCUGCUGCUAAGACCACCCAGGCAUGA